AUGACCCCCGCCCUCACAGCCCUGCUCUGCCUCGGGCUGAGUCUGGACACCAGGACCCACGUGCAGGCAGGGCCCCACCCCAAACCCACCCUCUGGGCUGAGCCAGACUCUGUGAUCAUCCGGGGGAGCCCCGUGACCAUUUGGUGUCGGGGGAACCUGGAGGCCCAGGAGUACCGUCUGGAUAAAGAGGGAAUCCCAGACCCAUGGGACACACAGAAACCACUGGAGCCCAAGAACAAGGCCAGAUUCUCGAUCCCAUACACGACAGAGCACCAUGCAGGGAGAUUUCGCUGUUACUAUCUCAGCCCUGAAGGCCGGUCAGAGCGCAGUGACCCCCUGGAGCUGGUGGUGACAG